CACUGUACUCCCGCCUUACUACUGGUGACAGGAGUCAAACUUCUCGUCAGCCUUUAUCCGCACAAUCUCAUAAAAAGCAGCGGGAAACGGCCCGACCUGGCAACACCGCUCAGAGGCAACCACUGAGGAGGACGGGCCAGGCGUUGGUCACGUGAUGGAACGUCACAGCCUCAGCGCUGACUUGUACAGCACACGGGCUGACGUCGGUGGACGUGUAUCACAAGGCGUAGCCGCUCCAGUGUUUUUAACAUCUGCGUUUUCCUAGAGAGACCGAAAAAUGCAGCGCUCAUAUGACUGUUUUUCCCUGGUAGAGAAAAACAGAAACACAACUCAUUUGAUGUGUCGCCGGCUAUGUGACACAACUCAUCCGGGUUUUAUAGUUACAUGUUGUUUUACACUCAGUAUAACGGACCAGACUGUCUUCACCAAGUGUUUUUGGUUCAAAAUCCUCGACGAGGAUCCAGUUUAUGGCUCUGCAGUGAAGCCAGUGUCCAUUUUUAGCAUCAGUCAUUCUUAUCUCUUGGACGUCAUGGCUCACUGACAUCAUUUUACAGACUUAAAUUUUUGCCGGGUCAGCCGACCGCCAUGCCACAACCAAAUGGCUACUCCGUCAACUCGGCUGCGUCGGACCACAGCGAGGACAGUGAACCUCUCAUCGAGAACGAUGCAGUUCCUCCUCAGUGCUGCUCAGCUCGCCUCAACCUCGCCAUCCUCAUGUUCUUUGGGUUCUCUGUGGUCUACGGCCUCCGUGUCAACCUCAGCGUUGCCAUGGUGGCCAUGGUGAACACCACUGAUCCCAAACCAGCCCAGAACAGCUCUGUUGUCCACGCUUGUCCGCUACCACCCGGGACGGAAAACACCAGUGAUGCUUUCCAACAACCUGAGGGGAUCCCUCAGUACCCGUGGGACUCUGAGACUCAGGGCUGGCUGCUGGGCGCCUUCUUCUUCGGCUACCUGUGCACACAGAUCCCGGGAGGUUACCUGGCCGGUCACUACGGUGGCACCAUCUUCCUGGGUUUGGGCGUGCUGGGCACGGCUGUCCUCACCCUCCUCACCCCUCUGGCUGCUCGGUUCGGGUCUUACUGGCUGUUUGCACUGCGAGCGUUGGAGGGCUUCGGGGAGGGUGUGACGUUCCCGGCCAUGAUGGCGAUGUGGGCUCGGUGGGCUCCUCCUCUGGAGCGCUCUCGCCUCAUGACUCUGUCGGGAUCCGGGGCCAACUUUGGAGCCUUUGUGGCUCUGCCGCUCACCGGCUACAUCUGCCAAACACUGGGCUGGCCCGCUGUCUUCUACCUCUGUGGGGGUGCUGGUUGCCUCUGGGCCGUCUUUUGGUUUAUUUUUGUGUCAGAUGACCCUCGCACCCAUCGUCGAAUCAGCGAAGAGGAGAGAGAUUACAUCAUAAACUCUAUUGGACCUCAGGGUAAAGGUCAUGGCUGGUCCGUGCCUGUGCUGCCCAUGCUGCUGUCCGUCCCCCUGUGGGCGAUCAUCGUCACGCAGAUGUGUGCAAACUGGUCGUACUACACCCUGCUCACCUCUCUGCCCACCUACAUGAACAUCAUCCUGCACUUUGACCUCAAAUCGAAUGGUUUCCUGUCCGCUCUGCCGUACCUCGGCGCCUGGUUGUGCUCCACGCUGUCGGGCGUCGUAGCGGACAGCCUCAUCGAGAGGAGGGUGUUCAGCGUCACUGUCGUACGCAAGCUCUUUACACUCGCAGGUCUGCUCCUCCCUUCGGUGUUCCUCGUGGCGGUGAGCUACGCCGGCUGCAACCAUGUCCUCACCGUCACCUUCCUCACGCUCUCCUCAACCAUAGGAGGGGUCAGCGCCUCCGGAGUCUUCAUCAAUCAGAUAGACAUCGCUCCUCGGUAUGCAGGAUUUCUUCUGGGAAUCACCAACACAUUCGGGACCAUUCCUGGUGUCAUGGCUCCGAUUGUUACAGGAUACUUCACAGAAGAUCACACUCUGGCCGGCUGGAGGACGGUGUUCUGGGUGGCGGCCGGGAUCAACGUCGGCGGCGCUCUCGUCUUCACAGCGUUCGGCAGCGGGGAGAUUCAACCGUGGGCCGUCACCGAGGAGGAGAAGGCGGAGGAGGGGAAAAAGAGGAGCAGGUCCAUCUCAACAUAAACACAAAUACAUUCAACAACAACAAUAACAACCAACCGUGAUGCAACUUUAGACGAACAAGGUCGGCAGAUGAAAUGCAGCUUUAAAAGAUAGAUACACAGUUACAGGAUGUAGUUUAACACAGUGGGCUGAAUCAUAGGAGCAGACGCAGCGUUCACACUUUACAAAACGAAGAGGGUGAAAACUUCAUCUCCACACAAAAGACAACAAAGGGUGAAGAACAAUAUUUACAGUUUCAUAUCCAAUCAGGAUGUCUUGGUCAAAGUAGUAUUAGUUUCCACAGUUGGUUUCUGUCUGUGACAUGUAGCUGUGUCUCUGGUCUUUGAAAGUUAACACCACAAUGAGCUUUUGAACUCCUUUGUAAAGUAGUUUCAGUAAAGAUAUUUAAAUGACAGAGCCGUGUUAUCACAUUUUUAAUGGUGGAAGGAGAAAAGCAGAUGAACAACAUGACCACAGAUUUACCAUUUGCACUGAUGCGAUUCAACUCACUGCCGAUACUGAUCAAAAAAUUGUAUUUCUUUCACUUUUGUUUUUACAGUCGUAGAAAAGCAGAGUUUAAGGUACAACUCUUUGCAUUAGACCAAUACAUUAUAACCAGUGAUAUUUGCACUAUGCAGGAUAAUUCUUGGACUACACAGAUCCUCAGGUUAAACCAAAACAAAUCAAUUGAAUAUGUGUUAAUUUUUUUAAAGAUAUUUUUAAGCUUUUCUUUUACAGUGAACAAAAUGGGACCGAAUGUUUUUAUGAUCAAACCACAUGCCUUCAGCUUGUUCGUUUACAGCUCUGUCUGCUGUCUGACCACUUCCAGACGGUCCAGUAGGACCAAAAGAAGCACUUUCCACUUACAAAAAUACACCAGAAGCCUUAGAUUUGAUAAGAGUGCCAAUGUUUUUCAAAAUAAACUUUCCAGCAGGAGAUUUUAUCCGCUAUCCAGUAAGCUAAAGUGCUUUAGUCUCAUUCAGAAAACCAAAGCACCUUCCUCUGCCAGCACAAAAUUAAUUUGUUAGAUCAUUUUAUUUCAUGUUCAUCCUCUGAGAAGUGACUGGAUUUUAUUAGUGUUUUCAGUUCACUGUCACAUCACGAUGCUGCUUUUGUUGUUAUUUCUUCAACUACAGUAAUUAUUGUUUUUAUACAGCGUACGAUGUUUUGAAAAGUAACUCAUGCAGUAUAUCAAAGUGCACUGUGAUUGUAAAGAUAUGAUGUUUUUAAAUGGAUGCAAUAAUUUAUUUACCUUCUCUGUGCUUUGAAAAUGUGUGAUGUUAUACAGAUGUGUUUGUGUUUUAGUUAAUUUUAUUGUGAAAAGAAUCAAGUUUGUUUCACUGAGGGGAAAAAAAAACUAAAAUCUGUGGCAUGUGAGACGACUCAUGUGUCACAUAUUUAACAUUUUAGUCGAGAUACAUAUUUCUGUUUUACAUUCUUACAGCAGGGGAGGUGUACAUGUGCAUGAUAACUUUCAUUUCCAGGACACAGGAUGUUCCUCUGUUACUGAACUCAUCACGUUGACGUGAUGUCUCCUCUGCUGCUGCGACCAGGUGUCACAAAAGCUGCUCUUUGUAUCACAACAGACAAAAACUAUCAAAGUGAUCAGAUCUGCCACGAAAACUGUCUGUAUUGUUUUCAGCAACUCAUUUAAAUACAAAUUACACAUUUUUGUGACAUUAGUGGAUGUGGCAUUUGGCAAAAAAAAAAAAAACAACCCUACCUAAUCAAUAAACUUGUUAAUAUCA